AUGGGCAUCGCGAAUCUGGUACGAGGGCGUAGCGACUUUCGCCUGGCGGAGUAUACCUCCGGGAUCGACUUCCGCCGCGCCCAUUACGAGGUCAACGUUUCCGCGACCAAGGACAGCGAGUCCGUCGACAGUGUGCUGCCGCAGAAACAACAUCAUGUCAACCCAGGAGCGGUGAUGGGUGUCCAGAAGGCAGAGGCUGCCGCGAUGGCCUGGUCUAAGCAGACGGCUUACAUGACUUAUGCACUAAUCUGGGUUUCGUUUUUUAUCUUGGCUCUGCAGUCCGCCAUCAGCAGCAACGUAAUACACAGCGCCUAUGCCUCGUUCAAAGACGCCCCGUCGGUUGGAACCGCCAAUAUUCUGUCGAAUGUGAUUAGCGGGGUCCUGAAGCUUCCGAUAGGUCGUUUGCUGAGUAUAUGGGGCCGAACGGAAGGGUUUUUGUUCUUCAUCGUUGUCUACGUCCUGGGCCUCAUUAUCCUCGCGGCAUGCAACAGCCCCGCCUCGUAUAGCGUGGGCUACGUCCUGUACUGGGUUGGGUACGAUGCGCUGUACUUGAUUCUGGAUGUUUUUAUCGCCGAUACCAGUGGAAUGAGAAACCGAGCCUUUGCGUUUGGAUUUGCCAGUACGCCGUUUAUCUGUACGGCGUUCACCGGUCCGUUGGCCGCCCAAUCGUUUGUUGAAACAGCCUCCUGGCGUUGGGCCUAUGGGACUUUUGCUAUCGUCGCGCCGGCCGUGAUGUUGCCCCUCGCUGCCCACUUUCGCUUCUACCAGAAGAAGGCCCAGCGGAUGACGCUCUACUGCCCACAGCCGAGUGGCCGCACGCCUGUGGAGUCGUUUAUCCAUUAUGCCCGUGAAUUUGACAUUGUUGGCGCGUUCUUUCUCAUGGCAGCCUUCGUUCUUCUCCUUCUGCCGUUCAGCCUUGCUAGUGUCGGACACACUGCAUACAAGAGUGGAACGUUCAUCGGGAUGCUCGCCGCCAGCGUUGUUGCUUUUAGCUCAUUUGGGGUGUGGGAACGGUACUACGCUUCCUCCCACUUUAUUCAGUGGUCCCUGUUUAACAACCGAUCUGUCGUCGGGGCCUGCGUCUCUACCUGCGCCCUUUUCUUCAGCUACUACUGCUGGGAACUGUACUUCUACAACUUUUGCAUGGUCGUGUAUGACCUGUCGAUCAGCAUGACAGGCUAUGUUGGGCAGAUCUACAAUGUUGGGUCUUGCUUUUGGUCGGCCGUGUUUGGAAUCCUGGUCUAUUUGACGAGACAGUUCAAGUAUACCUGUCUAGGGUUUGGUCUGCCGUUGGUGUUGUUGGGAGCUGGGUUGAUGAUCCACUUCCGCAGCACUGAAAGUGGCGGGAUCGGUUAUAUCGUGAUGUGCCAGGUUUUCAUCGCGAUUGGUGGAGGCACGUUGGUGAUCGGGCAAGACAUGGCGGUCAUGGCCGCGGCUGACCGGGAAUAUAUUCCGAUGAUGCUAUCGCUCAUCGGACUGUUCUCGUCACUUGGCGCGGCGAUCGGGUCGGCUGUUUCUUCGGGAAUCUACACGAACACGUUCCCUGCUUCCCUACGCGAGGCGCUUCCGGCCGCGCACAAGGACGAGUACUUGGCGAUCUACAAAGGGGGAUACACUAAACAGCUGCAAUAUCCCGUAGGCUCGGAAAUACGUGCUGCCAUCAGUCACGCGUAUGGUGUGUACAUGACCUGGGGAUGUGUGGCAGCGGUUGCCAUUAUGGGCUUGGCCAUCCCGGCCGUUGCCUGCUGGCGCAAUUUCCGGGUGGACAACGAUCCCGACAACGACCAGAGUAAAGGGAAUGUGAUAUGA